CAGCUGAAUACACUGAAUGCAUCCGAUGAAGUGAGCUGUAGCUCACGAAAGCUUAUGCUCAAAUAAAUUUGGUAGUCUCUAAGGUGCCACAAGUACAUCUUUUCUUUUUACAUGUAGCCUGUAAUUUUGCCCUCAACCUAUGCUUUCUUUCCAGGAGUUGCUGUCAGAAGGGAAAGCUAGUUACCAUACCCAAUCUGUACCUAGAGGAGAUAGGUUGUUUACAUUUUGGAGUAUCUCACAGGGAAGAACCUUCCCCUGAGCAGGGAAAAACAGUUUCUAAUCUCUCAAUACAAAGUGUCACUCUGGUAGCAUGACAAGACUUACUGACUGUUCUGUGUCCUCCACUAGACAGUGCUGCAUGGUGCUCUUUAAAAGUUGAGUGGCAUCUGCUUUAGCUAUUCUAGUCUUGUGAAGUAGAUUAAAAAAAUUUAAUUUUGUACUUCACUAGCUAAAACCCUUGUGAAAAUGAGAUGCCAAGCAAGCUUUUGCAAAUUAAAUCCUUGUUUCUGGUUUUAUCUGUAAUCUGUGGGUUUGCAAUGCUAUAGUUAAGAGUUCUGUUACUAUAGAGGCAGUAAAAAACAUACAACUGUAGUUGGUCAUGCUUGAGUUCAUUAAAUUAAAAUAUUCUAAGAUAGUAACGUGAACUACUUUCCUUGAUGAAACAAGAUUGCAAAGCAAUUCACUUUGAAUUACCAGUCACACUCAAACCAGGCUUCCUGGUGAUGUGUAUGAUAAAUCUCAUAAUUUUGGUGAAAGUAGGUCAUGCAGCAAAGGCUGCACAAAUCAUUUGUUUGGCAGAGCAGUUUGUAGCCUGGGGGCAUCUGGGCCUAAUUCAAGAGGAAAGACUAAACAACUUCUUUUGCAGAGAGGCCCCGGCUGGACAGGGUUCUGGAUGAGAUCAUGACUCCCCUUCAUAUCUCUGUCACUAAGACUGCCUCUGCUGUUACUCAUACAACGUUUUAAAAUCUCUUGGUGUCUGAACCUUCUCAUCAAGACUUUUUUAGUGCUCUUGAUGCCGGGGCGACUUUACAGCUGGUCUUGUGAACCCUUUGGUAGUUGGACUCUCUUCAGCCGAGUUAGUAGCCUACGUUCAGAGUACUUUAAGUUUCUGAACAUGUUGCAGACAACAGAAGUCUCUGCCCCAUUAUCUAUUGUGGAUGAGUGACAAUAGUAGGAUACAUGCUCCCAUUGGCAGAGCGCAAAGGAGGAACUCGCAGUUUUUCCAUGGACAAAACAACCAAAGAGUUGAAAUCCAUAAACUCCGUCAAGGUGAAAAUCUGAUUCUUGGAUUCAGUAUUGGAGGUGGAAUUGAUCAGGACCCUGCUCAGAAUCCUUUCUCUGAAGAUAAAACUGACAAGGGCAUCUAUGUAACAAGGGUGACAGAAGGAGGCCCAGCAGAAGUUGCCGGACUCCAGGUUGGAGACAAGAUAAUGCAGGUGAACGGGUGGGACAUGACAAUGGUAACUCAUGACCAAGCGAGGAAGAGACUGACAAAGAGGAAUGAAGAAGUGGUACGGCUCCUGGUGACCAGACACUCCCUGCAGAAGGCUGUUCAGCAGUCCAUGAUGUCCUAAUUAUGCAAUGGGCUUGGGGGUGGGGGGCAGAGGGAGGGAUCUAUAGAGUGACACUCCCUUUUUCUAAGGAAGCAAAUACUAGAUCUGAGUUGUUUGCAAACACUAGUGCUGCCCAACAAGGUAAAUAUGCACCAUUUUUACUCUAAACUGAGAAUAGUAAAUUCUAGCCACUCCAGAAGCAAGUUUCUCUUUCAGAAAGGCUUCCAGUAGCAUAUGCUGCAUAAAACAGCACCUUACCAUACUGUGUAUGCAAAGUGUAACACUACGGCGGCAGGGGAAGUUAGCAGUUAAGAACAUGCAAAACACUAAAUACUUUUCUUAGGGAAGAAACUGUGGAAAAAUGCAGUUAACUUAGUGGGAGAUGAUUCUCCUAUAGUGCAAGAGUUCCCCAUUGCUUAGCAUUUAAAGCUCUGUUAGCUGCUUCUGCAAAGGAGUGAAUGAUUAACAGUGGGGAGAGGAGGUAGUGUUUUUACUGUAAGUUUUCAAAAUCUAAUGUUAAGGGUUAGAUUGUCCCUUGCUAGUUCAGGUUCAGGUUUUUAAGAUGCUACAUCUAAGUUUGUAGAAAGUCCAAUAAGGACAUCUCGAUGCUACUCUUAGCAUCAAGUGCUACCAAAAGUUAAGCAGAAUAUCUUGCAGUGUUUGAGGGAUAGUCUGUCCUGAAGAGUUCACUGCAAGAUUUUAGUCUGCUUCACCAAGCAGCUCAUCAUAAAAGGGACACAAGUUUGAACUAGCAGUUGGUGCAGAAACAGAUUAUAAUGGAAGCUGUGUGGGAUUUAGUAACAAAUUCCAAGACUUUACAGUUGCAAAGUACCUCUAUACAAGACAAAAUUAUGAUUGCUUCAUAAAGUACUUGGGAAACAAUACCAGCUUUAACAUGCCAUAACUAUUGCAACUCCAGGGCUUAUGUUUUUUUUAAAAAAAAAUGUAAUUGGGAAAGAGAUGGAAACCUUUGUCAUUGCUGACCAUACAGGAGACAUUUACAAAGUUCCACUUCCUCAUUCCACAUUUAGCAGAGAGAAUCUUCAAAUAGAAGGGGCAGCUGGUCUGUUUUGUAGGGGGAGACUUAUUUAAAUCUUGUAUUAAGUAGAAAUGUGCAAACAAGCUUGCAAACAUCUAUUGUACCAAAAUUCCUAUCCCUGCACCUGUGGUAGGCAAAUGUACACUACAGAAAUCCUUCACAAAGGCCAAACUAUGGAUUUGUAGGAGCUUUUGCAGAAAAGAUUCCUACAAAUCCUUAAAGGGUUUCAGACUCUUCAGUGAACCACAUUUACACUUUAAGGCAUUAUAAAGGCUAGCUUUAAUUAGUUACUCAAAAUUGCUUCAUUGUCCAGAACUAGUUUUAAUGACACUGUAUAUGACCUCUUUACUUCAACUGUCUUCAGGCUAGUUAAAAAAAAUUUUAACUAGAACACUGAAGAGGUUGUAGACUAACUUAUUACUGCAGUGCUAUUUAGGUUCUGACUUCAAUGAAUUUUAUAAACUUGAUAAAUGCAUCUCAAAGAAUGUUCCACUCUAUCUCGACAUACCAGCAGAUGCCUCUUUUUAUACUUUUUUACCUUCUUCAGUAAUACAAAAAAAUCCAAAAGGAAUUUUGGACAUUUAAAUUACAAAUCCUGUGGUAGUAAAUAGCUUUACAGAUAGGCCUUAUUUUUGUUUACUGUAGAAAAAAGUACACUGCUAUUUGUACUGUGGUCUUGAUUUUACACAAUAAAAUGAAUUUAAGAAAC